UCUGUGCUGUCAAGCUUUAUUACCAAAAUACCGCUUCUCCUUUUAUUUAUUGUAGUUUACGAUUAAAUAACAUUAUAAUUUGACACAAAUAUACAAUAAUGAGUGGUCCGAACGGUAUGUUGUACGGGGGCGACGAGAUAGGUGCAUUGGUCUUCGAUCCUGGACAUCACUCGCUAAGAGUCGGUUAUGCUCAGGAGGACACUCCAAAAGCCGAUAUUCCCGCGGUUGUUGGUGUAGGUCCAGCCACGCACAUACCAGACGCAGAGGAGAAGGUGCCCGAUGGAAAUAUCACUCAGAGUGCCACAAAAACAGGUGACCUCCGAUACUACAUAGAUGUCACAGAGCUCCAUGUGCCUCGGCCAGGCAUGGAAGUACAAACUUACAUGAAGGACGGACAGAUCGACAAUUGGGACCUGUUUGAGAAGAUGCUGGACUAUUGUUACUCAAAGGUCAUCAGAUCCCCGUCAGAACACCAUCCAGCACUGUUCACAGAGGCUGUGUGGACCAUGAGACCAGCUCGGGAGAAAUUGGCCGAGCUACUGUUCGAGAAGUAUCAGGCGCCUGCAUUUUUUCUCGUCAAGAAUGCAGUUCUAGCCGCGUUCGCUAAUGGCAAAUCGACAGCUCUCGUUGUGGAUGCCGGGGCCAGUCAGACGUCAGCGGUGCCAGUUAUAGAUGGGUACGCGCUGGUGAGUGCCGCAGUUCGAUCUCCAAUUGGUGGUGAUCACCUCGUCGCUCAAGCUAAGAAUAUGCUCAACUCCAUGCAUAUACAGAUGCUCCCACUAUACAGCAUACAGAGUAAAGAAGUGAUAAGAGAACGAGAACGCGCCCGGUACACAUUGAAGACGCUACCUGCCGGACUGACGCAGUCGUGGCAACAGUACAUGCUGAAGAGGCAGUACGAAGACUUCUGUCACUGUGUUGCACAGAUAUCAGAGAGUCCGUACGACGAACGAACAGCAGCAUCAGUACCGUUCAUACACUACGAGUUCCCCGGCGGCUACCACCAGGACUUCGGCCCCGAACGGUUCAAACUAACAGAGUGCCUGUUCGAGCAGAACGUGAGCGCAGCACACCUAGCGUGCGCGGCGGCGGCGGCGUGCGAGGCGGAGGCGCGGCCGGCGCUGUGGGGCGGGGUGGUGGCGGCGGGGGGCGGGGCGGGCGCGUCCGGUUGGCCGGAGCGGUUGGCGCGGGAGCUGGCCGCGCGCGCUCCUUCUUCGCACCGCAUCAAAUCACACGCCGCACCAUCACCCAUGGAACGAAGAUUCGCAGCAUGGAUCGGUGGUUCCAUAUUGGCGUCGAUAGGCUCCUUCCAGCAGAUGUGGAUAUCAUCCCAGGAGUACGACGAAGGUGGCAAGGGUCAAUUAGAGAGAAAAUGUCCAUAAUUCAAUAUGUAAUAUAAGUAUAUUAGAUUUUAAACUCUAUUAAAAAUUACACCGUUUACAAUUAUACAUGUUAUUUAAAAUGAAUUUGUACCGUGAAAUUAUUAGUAUAAAGCUCCCGAUAUUUCGAUGUAACAGCGUCGAAAUAUCGGGAGAUAUCUAUAUAUGAUUUAUAGGUAUUAUAAACCGGGUCAGUCAGCUCGUGACCACGGCUAAUGCAACCUAGUCGAAACGUCGAGAGAGGUAAAUACCUUUAUUUGCCAUAAAAUUAUUCGUGUUAAGACCCGGUUAAUAAUAUAAAUAAUGUAUAUUAAACACGAAAGUUUAAAAAUAACGAUAUUUAUAUAUAAAUAAUAUGGUAAAUAUCCCGGUUAUAUAAUAUUAGCUGUGCCCGUGACUUCGUGCAGCGCACGCAACAGAAGCUCUCAAAUAUGAAUAAUUUUCCCCGUUACCCCCCAUUAGCUCUUAUUAUGGGUACUAGACAAGUCAUAGUGAAAUGACUUUUAUUUUUAAAUCUCACAUUUCUAUUGUAGUAUUGAAACUUUUUAACUAUUCAAGUGCGACCAACUUUAAUAGAGGGCUGGGCGGGGAGGGGGCGUGUUAACGUGACAUAGAUUGAUUGAUUGAAGGGACGUAGUUUUGUGAGUGACCCCCUUAAGC